AUGGCAGUGGUGGCUGUGGUGGAGGAGAUGGCGGCAGCAGGACCAGGUGCUAUCAAGUUCUGUGCGCUACAGAUCUGCAUUUCAUUCAUCUUGGUGGCACACGUUUAUGAUCAGAACCAUUUUCGUUUGUCAGACAACUUACCAGGUUUUCAAAGGGAUGUUUCUUCAGCACAGUGGAUUUUGAAAAGGCAUAAGGCAGCACCAGAAAGAGAAACUUACACUGAUGAGAUGAGAAGUCUUAAUGAAGCCAGUCUUCAUCAUACAGCUGUGGGCAAAGGUUCUUGCUCCACCUGGGGCAGUGGUCAUUUCUCAACCUUUGACAACUACUUGUAUGAUUUCUCCGGGACUUGCAAUUACAUCCUUGCCACUGUGUGCGAUGAAAUCACCCCGGACUUUAACAUCCAGUUUCGUCGUGGUCAGAACAAAAAAAUUACAAGGAUUAUCAUCGAGCUGGGCCCCAGUGUUAUCAUCAUUGAAAAUGGUGUCAUAUCAGUCAAAGAUGUUGGUAUAAUCAGGUUACCGUACACCAGAAAUGGAAUUCAGAUCACACCUUUUGGACACAACAUCCGCCUAGUGGCCAAACUGAUGGAGAUUGAUCUGGCUGUUUUCUGGAACAAUGAUGAUUACCUUAUGGUUCUGAUUGAGGAAAAAUACAUGGGAAGAACGUGUGGAUUGUGUGGAAACUUUGAUGGCCAAGAACUGAAUGAGUUUCUGACUGAAGGUAAACUUCUAGACCCACAAAAUUAUGCUGCAUUACAAAAAAUUGAUGAUCCUUCAGAGAUCUGCCCAUUUGAGGAUAUGGCAGUUACACAUGUCCCUCGCAAGAAAUUUGCCAAAGUCUGCUCCCAGCUUCUAAACCUUGUGUCUCCAUCUUGCAAUAUCUCGAGGAAAGGGUUUGUCAUCCGUUGCCAGCUUGACAUGCAAGCCUGCAGUGAUCCAGGACAGAGGAACUGUACUUGUGCUACCCUUUCAGAAUACUCCAGGCAGUGCACUAUGUCCCACCAGGAGGUGUCCGAUUGGAGGAGUGAUGAUUUCUGCUCCCUGGGGAAGUGUCAAGCAAAUCAAAUGUACAAAGAGUGUGGUUCUCCCUGCCUCAGAACAUGUUCCAAUCCAGAAUACACUUGCUCCAGCUACUGUACAUAUGGCUGCUUCUGCCCAGAAGGUACGGUAUUGGAUGACAUUUCAAGAAACCGCACAUGCGUUCCUAUAGAACAAUGCCCAUGCACACUGAAUGGGGAGAGAUAUGCUCCUGGUGAUGUCAUGAAAGCAGCUUGUAGAACCUGUAAAUGUUCCAUGGGCCAGUGGAGCUGUACAGAACUACCAUGUCCUGGCAGAUGUUCACUGGAAGGAGGUUCAUUUGUCACCACUUUUGAUUCGAGGUCAUACCGCUUCCAUGGAGUUUGCACCUACGUUCUUAUGAAGAGUCCCAUGUUACCUCACAAUGGAACUUUGAUGGCUGUGUUUGAAAAGUCGGGUUAUACAAGCUCAGAGACAUCACUGACAGCUAUCAUUUAUGUCUCAGGAAAAGACAAAAUUGUGAUUUCUAAAAAUGAAGGUUUAAUUGAUGAGGAUGAACAUAAAAAGUUACCAUACAAAUCAGGGGACAUCAUCAUCUUCCGACAGUCAUCCACUCACAUUCAGAUGUACACCACCUUUGGAUUAGAGCUGCUAAUUCAAAUUCUUCCAGUGUUCCAAGUUUAUGUUAAAGCUGGACUGCAGUUCCAAGGCAACACCCGAGGGUUGUGUGGUAACUACAAUGGAGAAACUACAGAUGACUUUAUGACCAGUAUGGACAUUGUUGAAGGAACAGCAACACUCUUUGUGGAUUCGUGGAGAUCAGGAAACUGUCCCGCUGCUAUUGAAAGAGACACAGAUCCUUGCUCUAUGAGUCAGUUAAACAAGGUGUGUGCAGAGACCCACUGCUAUGUUCUUGUGAAGAAGGGUACAAUAUUUGAGAAAUGCCAUUCCAUAGUGAAUCCAGUCCCAUUUUACAAGAGAUGUGUAUACCAAGCUUGCAACUAUGAGGAGACCUUCCCUUAUAUUUGUUCUGCACUGGGUUCAUAUGCCCGUGUCUGUGCAUCAAUGGGACUGUUCAUUGGGAACUGGCGGAGUACAGUGGACAACUGCACCAUUUCUUGUACAGGAAAUCAGACAUUCAGCUACAACACUCAGUCCUGUGACCGGACAUGUCUGUCCCUCUCUAACCGAGAACUAGAAUGCCACCCCAUUGAUAUCCCUAUUGAUGGCUGCAAUUGUCCGAAAGGAACCUACUUGAACCACAAAAAUCAAUGCGUACGCAAAUCCCAGUGUCCUUGCUACCUCAAUGACAGGAAGUUCAUUCUGGCUGAUCAGUCAACUGUGGUUGGUGGAAUUACUUGCUAUUGCAUUAAUGGGAAUCUGAGUUGUACUGGCAAACCUGUGGACCCAGCAGAAAGCUGCAAGUCACCCAAAAGAUAUGUUUCAUGCUCAGCAUCCUCAGGAAGCAAGUACGGAGCAGCCUGUGCACCAACCUGUCAGAUGCUGGCCACUGGAAUUGAAUGUGUCCCCACCCAGUGUGAAUCAGGCUGUAUUUGUGCUUCUGGACUCUAUGAGAAACUAGAUGGCACAUGUGUGCCACCUGAGGAGUGUCCUUGUGAAUACGGUGGCAUCUCAUAUGCAAAAGGAGAGGAGAUCCAUGCUGACUGCAAGACAUGCACUUGUGAAAGAGGAAAAUGGAAAUGCAUCGAAAAUUCCAGAUGUUCAUCAACCUGCAGCCUCUACGGAGAAGGCCAUAUCAGCACAUUUGAUGGACAGAGAUACAUGUUUGAUGGCUCCUGUGAAUACACACUAGUUAUGGAUGGCUGUGGGACAGGUAGAACUUCUCACACUUUUAAAAUAGUCACUGAGAAUGUCGUUUGUGGAAAUACUGGAGUCACGUGUUCCAGGUCAAUCAAGAUCUAUCUUGGGAACCUGACCAUCACUUUGGCAGACAGAACACACAGGUUCUCUGGCUGGAAUCCUCAGACCGAGAUUUUCAUAGAAGAGAAUGCCCUCCACCUGGUUAUUGAAAUCACAAUCCCUGGCAAAUAUGAAAUGACCCUAAUCUGGAACAGGCACAUGAACAUAUUCAUCAAGAUAUUUCGAGAAGCAAAGGAUCAGCUCUGUGGUUUAUGUGGUAAUUACAAUGGGAACAUAAGGGAUGAUUUUGAAACCCGAAGUAAAUAUGUGGCAUCCAAUGAACUGGAGUUUGUGAAUUCCUGGAAAGAGAAUCCCCUCUGUGGGGACAUGUUCUUUUUGGCUGAUCCAUGCAGCAAGAAUCCCUACCGCAAAGCAUGGGCAGAGAAGAAGUGCUCCAUUAUCAAAAGUAAUGUAUUUGCUGCCUGCCAAACUAAGGUAUAUAGCAAGCAUUACUAUGAUGCCUGUGUCCAUGACUCAUGUGGAUGUGACAGCGGAGGAGAUUGUGAAUGCAUGUGUGAUGCUAUUGCAGUCUAUGCAAAGGCUUGCUUAGAUGCCGGUGUCUGCAUUGACUGGAGAUCCCCAGAUUUCUGUCCUGUCUUCUGUGACUACUACAACAGCCAUAAGAAAAAUAACAUGGAUGGUACCUAUACUAACUAUGUUAAUGAGCUAAAUUGUACCUGGCAUUAUCGCCCCUGUAAAUGUGCCAAUGUGACAUCAGCAAAAGUCAAUAUUGAAGGUUGUUACAACUGCUCAAGUGACGAAUACUAUGACCAUAAGAAGAAAACCUGCAUGCCUUGCUAUAUCCCACCCACGCCCACUCCUACAGCAACACCUACAGCCACACCAACAGCCACAUCCACAACCAGCAGUACAAUGCCGACAGCAUCCUCUCCAGUCACAAUCGUCCCAAGCACCACACCGAGAACAUCGCCCACCACUUCACUGACCACCACCUCAAGGACCAGUGUCUCCACACAGCCGUCCACCACCAAAACACCUUGGACAACAGCCACCACCAAAUCCCAUACCCCUGCCACUUCCAGUUCUCCACCAUCCAGCCCUACUCGACUACACCCAACCACAAAGACAAGUGCCCCCACCACAUUCUCAACCAUAUCCACUACAUGGAGCACACCCACGCCAACAAGAACUGUUAGUGUUGUCACAACCAAAAUGACACCUCCAACGACAAUCCCCUUCCCCGAAACCACACCAGUCUCCAUCACAAUGCCGACAUACCAGCCUCCUACCAACACAACAACAGUGUCCACGACGGAAACAACGACGAUUACAACAACAAUAAUGCCUGUCCCUAUAUCCUUCAAAAUCACCACUG